AUGGCUGCCUCAUUUGAAGAGAAACGAGUUGACGCUGGGGUCGAAGUCACGGAGCAUGCCCGCUCCGAGGCUCGACAUGUGGCCGUUCACGAGAUUCCUCUCGAUCUCGACGACCCACACAAAGCAGCAUUGGAGGACAACCCGGAAAAAGCAGAGGGCUUGACCUUGACGACUUUUCUUGCGAUAGCUUCCCUCUCGUUCUCCUAUGUCUGUCCGAUUUCAUGUGGAUUUGUCCUCGUCACUAGCAUCCUUGUCCCAAUUGGGACGGAUCUUGGAGACACUCAGCACAUUUCUUGGAUUGUCGGCGGCUGGAGUAUUGCGUCGUCGGUCAGCUUCUCUCUCGCCGGCGCCAUCAGUGACGUCUUCGGCCGAAGAUGGACUAUAGUCGCCGGUGAAAUCAUUGCAAUUGUUGGAUCUAUCAUAGCGUGUACUGCGCAGUCGACCCUUAUGCUCGCAGCAGCCUCGACCGUCAUCGGAUUUGGCUGUGGCAUUAUCUUUGUGAGCUAUGCCGGCAUCCAAGAACUCGUCCCCAACAAGUGGCGAGGCUUGCUCGGUCUUACCGAAUGUGCCAUGACAUUGCCAUGGGCGGCUGCCGGCACCUUGAUUGCUACCACCUUGAAUGCCAAUACGGCUGCCGGCUGGCGCUGGUGCUACUAUAUCGGUAUCAUAUACGGUGUUCUAAGUAUGAUCGGCACAAUCCUCUUCUACUAUCCCCCACCGAGGCCACAGUACGAUUUCCAGAAGUCCCGCUGGCAGCAAAUCAAGGAGGUCGAUUAUAUCGGAUUCCUGCUUUACACUGGCGGUUUGACCAUAUUCCUGAUCGGACUAACCUGGGCCGGAACCCCCGGGCAUGCCUGGAAAUCGGCUUCCGUGAUUGCACCAAUCAUCGUGGGUAUCUUGACCCUGGUGGCGUGCUUCAUCUACGACUUCACAGUACCGCAACAGCCGUUCUUCCCAUUGAGCUUGUUCCGCCAAGUCCGCGAGUUUACAGUGCUCCUCGUGGUUGUUUUUGUGGCCGGCAUGGUUUUCUACUCCUUCGCAGGCCUGCUUCCACAGGGUUCGCUCUACAUGUACACGUCCGACCCGAUCCAGAUCGGUGUCAUUGCUCUGCCAAACGGCAUCGCCCAGGUCCUGUGUGGCGGUAUUGCGACCCUCUUCAUGGGCAAACUCGGCCAUUUGAAGCUUCAAGUCAUCGUGUGCUUGAUUUUCCAGACGGUUUUCACGGCAGCCUUUGCUGGUUUUAUCCCCAUGAACCGAGCGGCAUGGUCGGCAUUCCAGUUCUUCAGCAUGGGACCUUUCGCCUUGAUCACUCUGCUCUGCUAUGUGAUCGCGGGGCUAAAUGUGCCACUGAGGCAUUUGGGUAUCGCCUCCGGGUUGAUUGGGACAUUCCGCAGUGGAGGCGGCAGUGUUGGCAAUGCGAUCUUCAACACAAUUCUCAACGGCGUAGUCAAAGGCCAAAUCCCUAAGAAGCUCGCCGAGGUGGCAGCUACCUACAAUCUGUCUGCCGAUCAACUGGCAGCUUUAAUUCCUGCUACGGCUGAAAAUGCGGUGGGAAUACCAGGAGUAUUUGCUUCGGUCCCUGGGAUAACUCCCGCCAUUGAACAGGCGGCCGCCCAAGCAUACAAGGAAGCAUAUGCCCACGCCUUCAGGAUGGUCUUCUACAGCUCCAUCCCGUUCGGAAUUAUCGCCAUCGCUUGUGCGUGCUGCAUCAAGGACUCGUCUCAGUACCUCACAAAUCACACCGCGGUCCACAUGGUGCGGGAGGGUGCGUUGGGAAAGAACCCUGGUCGGACGCACGAGCAUGCGAAUACAGCUCCAAUGUUCGAGGACUCCAAGGUUACUCACUCCGAGGAUGACCGAUCGUCAUAG